AUGAAACAUAAUUUCGACUACGUGGUUGCCAGAUCGGAUAAAAAAGUGUGGUACAUUCGUUGCUCAGAUGAUGAUUGCAGCUGGCGUGUUCGUGCAGAGGGAUUAACAUGGUCAUCGUAUUUUAUCAUCAAAAAGUAUGUACCUGAUCAUUCAUGUGCUGCAUCCAAUAGGAAGGGUUCUGUUAGGACAGUUUCAGCAAAAACAAUGGCUACUCUGAUUAUGCAUAAGUAUGAAACUGCUAAAGAAGGGCUGAGAUCGAAUGAUAUAAUCCAGUAUAUGCGUAUGGUACAUGGAGUUGAGAUAUCCUAUUCUUUGGCGUGGGAUGCUGGUGAAUAUGCAAUCAACGCAGUGAAAGGUAUUCCAGAGAAAGGUUAUGAACAAAUUCUUAAAUACUUGCACAUGAUGAAGGAAGCUAAUCCAGGGUCACACAUGUUUUAUGAAAGGGAUACCAAAGGGAGAUUCAGAUUCCUCUUCAUCUCGUUUGGUCAGAGUGUUCGCGGUUUCUAUGCUGCAAUUCGAAAAGUUAUUGGGGUGGAUGGGACGUUUUUGAAGAGCAAAUACAAAGGAGUAUUACUAGUUGCUACUGCAUUAUAUGGAAACUCGAGUUUAUAUCCUACUGCCUUUGGAGUUGUCGACUCAGAGAAUGACCUCGCGUGGAACUGGUUUGUGAGACAACUUAAUGCGGUCAUUGCUGACGAGCAUAGUUUAGCUUUUGUGUCUGAUAGGAAUUCCUCGAUUGCUAAAGCUAUUGCUAACGUGUACCCGCAAGCUCAUCACGGAAUUUGCAUUCACCACUUGCUGAAUAAUGUCGUAACAUAUUCUAGUGGGAAAGGUGUGGCUGGUUUGGUUGCAAAGGCUUCUAAAGCUUAUCAAGCUGCUGAUUUUCAUGCUGAUGUGAGGAAGUGGGCUCGUUGUCAGUUUCCGGGUUACAGAUAUGAUAUUAGGACUACUAACCCUGCGGAGUCAAUAAAUGCUGAUUUGCGUAUGCCUAGAGAGUUUCCAGUGAUACCUUUGCUGGACAGCAUUAGGGAAAUGAUGACUCGAUGGUUUUUCAAACGUAGAACUUUAAGUUCUAAGCAUUCGAAGCCACUGACCAUUGCUGUGGAGAAGAAGAUUGACAGAAGGAUUGAGAAGGGUAAAACGUUUAAGGUCUUUCCAGUUAGCGAUCAUAGGUUUUUAGUUCAAGGUGACACUUUCGACAACUCGGUUGACUUGUUCGGAAAUGCAGUCGAUGUGGGAUUGAAGGUCACAACAGGAGAACAUGUGAUAGAGCAAUAUAGGAUUCUCAAUUCGUUCUAUGCAAGUUAUGUUUCAGAUACUAUGUGUUUCUUUCUUCUCGUUUUAUGCAAGUAA